CGGCCUCCGUUCAACUUCCCUUCUUUUAAAUCUGUUCUCUUCUGUGUUGGCUCUCGAAGUUUUAAUCAUUCAGAGUUAAUAGAGACGUACUCAGGCCUGGGUUUUUAAAAAGCCCUUUUGGAAUCUGAUUGCUGUUUUGCCUAUGCCAGAAAGAUAGAGCAAUAAGCAAGCACACGUGACAGCCUUGGGCACGGUCCGUGGCUGCAGCCUCCCUGUGGCACAGUUGGACGGGAGGAAAGACUCGGGAGGAAAGCAGCUUCCCAAGUAGAGAAUGUGUCUGGCAGGCGCUUUCCAUACAGACCAUGGCCUGUUUGCAGAAGCCAGACUGAAUGAAGACAGCUUUAAGGAAAGCUCUUGAAGGAUUUUUUAAACUCUCCCGGACAUAGAGAAACCAGGGCAUCAAAGGACGAAAUGAUUAAAAAAGAGAGGAGCGUGUGUCAACAAACUUUGGCCCUUCUGCACAAGAAUUUCCUUAGAAAAUGGAGAAUGAAAAAAGAGAGCAUGUUGGAGUGGACCAUGGUGCUGUUCCCAGGGCUUGCUCUCUGCCUCCUUGCAGAACUCUUCAGAGCUACUCAUUUCCUGGAACAGCCGCCUCAGGUCCUGGGACGUGUGGAUGAGUUUAAUGACUCCGACCCGGUGCUGGUGGCCUACACCCCCGUCACUAACGUGACCCAAAACAUCAUGGAUAAGGUGGCUGCAGCUGCCUUUAUGAAAGGAAGAACAAUACUUGGGAUCCCUAAUGAAGACGCCAUGGACAGAGUACGCCCAAGAAACGACUCUGAGAUGGUGGGAAUUGUGUUCAAUGACACUUUCUCAUACCGGCUGAAGUUCAGCUGGGGACACAGGGUCCCGAUUGUAAGAGAGCACUUCGAGUACUCAGACCACUGUUGGGCUCUACGUGAUGAAGCUUUCUGUCUCUUGUCAAUAUACUGGCAAAACGGGUUUGUGGCUUUUCAAACUGCAAUUAAUGCUGCAAUUAUAGAAGUCACAACGAAUCAUUCUGUGAUGGAAGAGUUGAUAUCAGUUGUUGGAAUAAAUAUGAGGACACCCCCUUUCAUUUCUAAGGGAGAAAGUAUAAACGAAUGGUUCAUUUUUAUUUGUAUUGUUUAUUUCUCCCCUUUUGUGUAUGUUGCAUCAUUAAACAUUACAAAGGAACGAAAAAAAUUUAAGAAGCUGAUGACAGGCAUGGGUCUUCAACAGUCAGCAUUUUGGCUCUCCUGGGCAUUGAUGUAUGCUGGCUUCGUCUUUGUUGUGUCCAUUUUCAUGACUCUGGUCAUAAAAUUAUUCCAAAUGGUUAUCCUUACUGGCUUCGUGGUGGUAGUCUCUCUUUUCACCCUGUACGGCCUGUCUUUGAUAACACUGGCUUUCCUCCUCUGCGUGCUGAUAAAGCGGCCCAUCCUGACUGGCGUGGUUGGCUCUCUCUUCACUGUGUUUUGGGGCUGUCUGGGCUUCACUGUGUUGUACAGACAGCUUCCGUCGUCACUGGGAUGGGCUUUAUGUCUGUUUAGCCCUUUUGCCUUCACUGCUGGGGUGGCUCAGAUUUCGCAUCAAGAGUAUCACGUGAGUGGUGUUGUUUUCCCUGAUCCCUCUGGGGAGUCAUACACAAUGAUAGUGAUUUUCUUCCUUCUGGCAUUUGACACUCUGCUCUAUUUGACAUUAACAUUAUAUUUUGAGCACGUUUUGCCUGAUGAAAAUGGCCAGCGGCAUUCACCACUGUUUUUCCUGAAGUCUUCCUUUUGGUCCCAACACAAAAACACUCACCGUGAAGUCUUCGGGAAUGAAAUGAAUUCUGAGCUCUCCUGCGAUGAUUCUUUCGAGCCAGUGUCUCCAGAGUUCCAUGGAAAAGAAGCCAUAAGAAUCAGAAAUCUUAGAAAAGAAUAUAAAGGAAAGCCUGAGAAAGUAGAAGCAUUGCAAGGCCCACUUCAUUGGAGUAUAAUCCAAAGUCUAACUUUCAGAUUUUAUCCGGAAACAGGCAUAUGUCUUGAUGUCUAUGAAGGCCAGCUCACAGCGAUUCUUGGCCACAGCGGAGCUGGCAAAUCCUCUCUGCUGAGCAUUCUUGGCGGCUGGUCUGCUUGCACUGAAGGAUCUGCCACUAUUUACAACACCCAACUCUCUGAAAUAAUGAACAUGGAAGAAAUCAGAAAUUACACUGGAUUUUGUCCACAAUUUAAUAUCUACUUCGAUUUUCUUACUGUGAGAGAAAACCUCAGGCUAUUUGCUAAAAUAAAAGGGAUUCCACCGAAAGAAGUGGAACAAGAGGUAAAAGGCAUUACGAUGGAAUUAGACAUGCACAAUAUUCAAGAUGUCAUCGCUAAAGAGUUAAGUGGUGGACAGAAGAGAAAACUCACAUUUGGGAUUGCCAUUUUAGGAGAUCCUCAGGUUUUGCUCCUGGACGAGCCAACUGCUGGACUGGAUCCUUUCUCAAGGCACUUCAUGUGGAACUUCCUGAAGGAGCGGAAAAAUAACCACACGAUCCUUUUUAGUACCCAGUUCAUGGACGAGGCUGACAUCCUGGCUGAUAGGAAAGUGUUUCUGUCUAACGGGAAGCUCACAUGUGCAGGGUCAUCUUUGUUCCUGAAGCGGAAAUGGGGUAUUGGAUAUCACUUAAGUUUACACAGGAAUGAAAGGUGCAAUACGGAGAGAAUCACAUCCCUCAUCACACAGCACAUCUCAGAUGCCAAGUUAACAGCAGAAAGUGAAGAAAAACUUGUGUAUACUUUGCCCCUGGAGAGGACAGACAAGUUUCCAGAUCUUUGCAGAGACCUUGAAAACUCUUCUGACCAGGGCAUAAUGAAUUUUGGUGUUUCCAUGACAACUCUAAAUGAAGCAUUCUUGAACCUAAAAGGCAGAUCAGCAAUUAAUGGGCCAGAUCCCGGUGUCGGGGGACCGGCGGAAAUCGACGCGACCCAAGACCCUGGAGCGGAGUCUGAAGCCCAACAGGCUCUUCGUUCCCUUCCGGAAGUGAAACAGGCCGCCAGUUCUGCAGCUCUGUGGAGACGCCAAGCCUGUGCGGUGGCGAGACUCCGCUUCUUAAGGCUGAGGAAUGAGAGGAAGAUUUUCUUGUCCUUGUUAGUGGUGUUCGGAAUUGCCUUAAUCCCCACUAUCUGUGAGAAGAUCGUGUAUUCAGUGUAUUUUCGUGAUCAUCGCUGGGAGUUUUCACCCGGAAUGUACUUCCUUUCUCUGGAACAGCUCCCUCAAGCGCCUCUGACCAAUCUAUUGAUCAUCAACAAUACAGGAUCCAGUAUUGAAGAUGUUGUGCAGUCCCUGGAGCACCAGAAUCUAGCUUUGGAAGUAGAUGAUGCCAGAAACAGAAACGGCUCAGACGACCCUUCCUACAAUGGAGCCGUCAUCGUGUCUGGUGGCCACAGGGAUUACAGAUUUUCAGUUGCAUGCAAUACCAAGAGGAUGAACUGUUUUCCUGUUCUCAUUGGGAUUGUUAGCAAUGCCCUGCUAGGAAUCUUUAAUGUCACGGAGGUUAUUAAGACGGAGAGAAGCACGUUUCCGCCCGAUCACCCAAGAUGGGGAAUGGGCCUUUUGGAUUUUCUUUUGUUGCUCAUCGUAAACUGCCUUUCUCCUUACAUUGGGAUGAGCAGCGUCAGUGAUUACAAACAAAAAGCCCAAUCUCAGUUACGAAUCUCAGGCCUCUGUCCUUCAGCAUACUGGUGUGGACAGGCCCUGGUGGACAUCCCAUUUUAUUUCGGAAUUCUUGUUUCGAUACAUUUAAUGUACUACAUAUUUUCGGAAUCCACAAUUGUACUAGAAUUCAUGUUUGCUCUGGUGGUUUGCGUGGCCGGCUGUGCGGCGUGUCUCAUACUCCUCACGUACGUGAUUUCAUUCCUCUUUCCCAGGGGAAGGAAAAAUAACGGCUUUUGGUCCCUCAGCUUUUUCCUUAUCUCAUUAUUUAUGCUCAUCCUCCUGGGACUAACUCAUUCUGAAAAUAUUGUAAUUAUAUGUAUAAUUUUAAUACCUUCGUGCACUUCAGUUUUUUUCCUUGCCCAAAUGAUAGAGUUGUCCUCUAUGUAUCACAGAAGGUCCGAGAGUCAGGACUCUGAGAAGAGUGCAAUUGGUGAAAUGAUUCUACCAAUCUUCAUACCGUACCUUCAGAUCAUCAUUUUUCUUUUUAUUAUACGGUGCCUGGAAAUGAAGUAUGGAAAAGAAACAAUGAGGAAAGAUCCAUUUUUCAGAAUCUCUCCAAGAAGAAGGGAAUAUCGUCCAAACCCAGAAGAACCGGAAGAAGAGGAUGAAGACGUUCAAACGGAAAGGGUGAAAACGGCGAACGCACUCACUGCGUCCAGCUUGGAUGAGAAGCCAGUAAUAAUGGCAAACUGUUUACACAAGGAAUAUAAGCAGAAAAAGAAAAGGUGCUUUUCAGCAAGAAAGACGAAAACAGCCGUUCGGAAUGUUUCCUUCUGUAUUAACAAAGGUGAAGUGCUGGGAUUGCUGGGGCACAAUGGAGCUGGGAAAAGCACUUGUAUUAAGAUGAUAACUGGAGACACAAAGCCGACCGCGGGAGUGGUGGUUUUCAGGGACAGCGGAACACUUCCGACACGACAGGCAGACAGCGGCUUCAGGCAUCUGGGGUACUGUCCACAGGAGGACGUGCUGUGGCCCGACCUCAUGGUCCGAGAACACCUGGACUUGUACUCGGCCGUGAAAGGCCUGACCAAGGAGGAGGCUGCUCUCAGCGUUUCAAGGCUGGCGGACGCGCUGAAGCUACAGGACCAGAUGGCACUCCCCGCCAAGGCCUUACCCGAGGGGGCCAAGAGAAAGCUGAGCUUCGCACUGAGCGUCCUGGGGAGCCCGGCCGUGCUGCUCCUGGACGAGCCGACCACAGGGAUGGACCCCGAGGGGCAGCUGCAGAUGUGGCAGGCAAUCCAGGCCAUUGUUAAAAGCUCGGCGAGGGGUGCCCUGCUGACCACCCACUCCAUGGCUGAGGCGGAGGCCGUGUGCGACCGCGUGGCCAUCAUGGUGUCCGGGAGGCUGAGGUGUAUCGGUUCCGUUCAGCAUCUGAAAAGCAAGUUUGGCAAAGACUAUUUACUGGAGGUGAAGGUAAAGGCGCUCACCCUGGUGGAGCCUCUGCACAUGGAGAUUCUCAAGCUCUUCCCCCAGGCUGCUCGGCAGGAGAGAUAUUCGUUCGUGAUGACAUAUAAAUUGCCCAUAGAGGACGUUCACCCUCUGUCUCAGACCUUUUCCAAAUUAGAGGCAGUGAAACAGGCCUUCAACCUGGAAGAAUACAGCCUUUCCCAGGCCACCUUGCAGCAGGUAUUCUUAGAACUCUCCAAAGAGCAGGAGCUGGGGAAUUUGGAUGAUGCCGUGGAUACGACAGUCAGAUGGAAACUUCUGCCGCAGGAAGGGUCCUAAGACCCUGAACCUCCUCGUGUCAGAUGUGAGCUCUCACUGCAUCCUCAGUUCCCGUAACUGUAGAAGAAGCUCUUGUUACUGAAGUUAACAGAGCAUUCAGUAGUUUAGACAUUCAAUAAUGGUUAAGGCUUUUAUAUUUUUUUAUUUGAUGUGGACCAUUUUUAAAGAUCUUAUUGAAUUUGUUACAGUACUGCUUCUGUUUUAUGUUUGGGUUUCUUGCCCCUGUGUCACAUGGCAUAUCUGCUCCCGGGCCAGGGAUGGAACCCACACCCCCUCCAUCGGAAGGAGAAGUCUUAACCACUGGAUCUCCAGGGAAAUCCUGUGAUUAGGGUUUUAAAUGGCUUUUUAAAUUUUAGAAUGGAGAGCAGAGGCAAAGAUAGGGAAACGCAGCAGACAAAGUUAAUGUAAUCAGACGCUACACUGAUCAGGCCUGUUUUGUGUUUAAUUCAUAAAUCACAUGAUGUUAACAUGUGCUGUGUUGUUCAAUAAGGCUGACUGCUCAGCACGUGUUACAAAUAAAAUCUUGUAGGCUUUUUAACCCUAGACUUUAAGCUUUAAUCUUUUUAAAGCAUUAUUUACUUAAGUGAGUGAAGUUGCUCAGUCGUGUCCGACUCUUUGCGACCCCAUGGACGGUAGCCUACCAGGCUCCUCCAUCCAUUGGGUUUUCCAGGCAAGAAUACUGGAGUAGGUUGCCAUUUCCUUCUCCAGUGAUUUACUUAAGUACCAACUUAAUGUGAUACGGACCGUCAGAAGAUCUAAAAAGCUGAUAGAUAAAAGGACACAGCUUUUAGACUUAAUCAUAUAAUCUGAUUAUAAAAUGAAUAAAUGCUGGUUUCAGGGUGUAUAGAAAUUAUGUGAGUGAAGAUAACAGGAAUCUGUAGUAAAACCACAGUAAAUAUUUUGGCUGACUUAUGUUCAACAUGCUUUUCAGAAAUACUUUUUCGAAGUUGGCAUCAGUGAGCCUAGUAAUUCUUUAUAUUUCUCACUUACCAUUUCCGGGAUGUCUCCCAUGUCGUUAUAACCCUUCUGCAUUCUGUAGCAACUUCAUGGCAUUCCUCUGGUGAUCUACCAUGUCAGCCUUUUUCCUGUUCCCUGACAGUCUGGUUCCAUGCACAUUUAUAAAUAAAGCUGGGAUGACCUGC